AUGGAUCCUCCCAAGGUCUUGCUCUCGGCCGUCUUCCUCAUCAGCUUCCUAUGGGAUUUGCCCGGUUUCCAGCAGGCUUCCAUCUCAUCGUCUUCGUCGUCUGCCGAGCUAGGCUCGGCCAAAGGCAUGCGGAGCCGCAAGGAAGGCAAGAUGCCGCCGCGGGCGCCGCGGGAGAUUGGGGAGGACCGAGUGCCCCCGGAGCGCCAGGAGCCACAGACGCGGCCGCAGGACGAUCCCCGGCGGCAGCGACCACAGCAGCCCCAGGACCGCGAGCCGCCCAGCAGGGGCCCCCGGGUGGUGCCCCACGAUUACAUGCUGUCAAUCUACAGGACUUACUCCAUCGCCGAGAAGCUGGGCAUCAAUGCCAGUUUUUUCCAGUCUUCCAAGACGGCUAAUACGAUCACUAGCUUUGUAGACAGGGGAUUAGACGAUCUCUCACACACUCCUCUCCAGAGACAGAAUUAUUUGUUUGAUGUGUCCACGCUCUCAGACAAAGAAGAGCUGGUGGGCGCGGAGCUGCGGCUCUUUCGCCAGGCGCCCGCAACGCCCCGGGGGCCGCCGGCCUGGCCGCUCCACGUGCAGGUCUUCCCCUGUCUGUCUCCCCUGCUUCUGGACGCGCGGACCCUGGACCCGCAGGGGGCGCCCCGGGCCGGCUGGGAAGUCUUCGACGUGUGGCAGGGCCUGCGCCACCAGCCCUGGAAGCAGCUGUGUUUGGAGCUGCGGGCCGCGUGGGGCGAGCCGGGCACCUGGGAACCCGAGGCGCCCUCGCCGGGGUCCCAGCAGCCACCGUCCCCGGACCUGCGGAGUCUGGGCUUCGGCCGCAGGAUGCGGCCCCCUCAGGAGCGCGCCCUGCUUGUGGUGUUCACCAGGUCCCAGCGCAAAAACCUGUUCACCGAAAUGGGCGAGCAGCUGGACUCGGCCGAGGCUGCGGGCCCCGGCGCGGGCGCGGGCGCAGAGGGAUCCUGGCCACCGCCGUCGGGCGCCCCAGACGCCGGGCCUUGGCUGCCCUCGCCCGGCCGGCGGCGGCGGCGCACCGCCUUCGCCAGCCGCCACGGCAAGCGGCACGGCAAGAAGUCGAGGUUGCGCUGCAGCAAGAAGCCCCUGCACGUGAACUUCAAGGAGCUGGGCUGGGACGACUGGAUUAUCGCGCCCCUUGAGUACGAGGCGUACCACUGCGAGGGCGUGUGCGACUUCCCGCUGCGCUCGCACCUGGAGCCCACCAACCACGCCAUUAUCCAGACGCUGAUGAACUCCAUGGACCCCGGCUCCACGCCGCCCAGCUGCUGCGUGCCCACCAAACUGACUCCCAUCAGCAUCUUGUACAUCGACGCAGGCAAUAACGUGGUCUACAAGCAAUACGAAGACAUGGUGGUGGAGUCGUGCGGCUGCAGGUAG